UAGGUUAGGGCGUUCCUUCCCGGUGGCUGCCAGCAUCACGGACGCCAGCCUGCUGACCACAGUCUCUACUCUGCUGCUGUCAAGUGUCUGUCAGUGGAACCGUUUCUUUACGACAAUGUCUGAGGUCGACUGUCGGGGCGACGUGGCGGAGAGGGCGAGCGUGAUCCUCCACAGGCCGGGGAUCACACUGGAGGAGAUGACGGCCGGCUACGACGACUUGUCCGAGACCUACGAGGAGACGAUUGAGGGCGGGUACCGCGGCCCCGCCAUCGUGAUGGAGGAGGCGCUGCGUCGGGUGCCCCCGGAGCGGCGUGCCAAAGCCAGGGUGCUGGACGUGGCCGCUGGGACGGGCUGCGUGGGCCGCGAACUCCACCGGGAAGGCUUCAGGCACAUAGACGCUGUGGAGCCGUCGCAGGGCAUGAUCAAGAAGCUGCGGGAGUCUGGCGUCUAUACCAACGACUUCGUAGAGUUUAUCGGCACCGGACAUUCCACCGUGCCCAAAGACACCUACGACCUGGUGGUCAUCUCGGGCGCUAUGGGCGAAGGUCACAUCCCAGUCAGUGGCAUCGACGACCUGGUGCGCGUCGCCAAGAACGGAGGCUUCGUGGUCAACGUGAUGCGCCAUGAAUACCUGGAGACAGUGGCAGCCUACAAGGAGAAGCUGGAGCCUUACAUGGACCAGCUGGAGGAGGACGGAAAGUGGAGGAAGGUGGAGCGGCGCGUCGUGCCUAACUAUUACUUCGGGAAGGAGGGCGUCGUCUACGUCUACCGCGUCACAAAGGCUGAAUGAGGAGCGACGGGGAGGCAGAGAAAGGAGCAUGCAGUAGUCCGUAAUGGUGGUGAUGGCGUGGUCGUGGUCUGGGUCUUGGGUGUAUAUCUACUAUUAUAGGUUAUGGUUAAAAGAAUUAUCGUACACGAGCGCUAUCAUAAUUGUCAGUGCUGUAACAAAUGUAAAUAAAGAAUAAAUGAUCGCCCUGUACCCCACCGAAAA